AUGGAAGACCGCGCAGCAUCUAGAGCUCUAGACUUGGCGGUCUUUUCCUUCGCUUCACAAUGGGCACAGUCCAGUCCCAGAAGCAGAACGAAGUACCCGUUCCACAGCACCUCGACCGAUGGUGGCAGUAGCGUUUUUGAUAGCAUCGAGGACGAUUGCGCACCGGCUGGCGUGAACUUUGAUCGCACUCUGCAGAUAUCAGCAUGGCAUGAGGCCCGCAACGCACUGCAAAAAGCUGGUGAAGUGGAGUCCUUCCGAGUGGUACUUGCACAGAUCAUUUUCGCCCUGACACAACGGCCUGUGGAUGCAGACGGGGCUCAGGAUGAGCAGAAAGCUCUUUCGAAGACCGAACUGCUAGCGACCGACGCCUGCACAGAAGUCCCGAUGGAACAGACCCCUAUGCUUUCGACCGAUCAGGAUGUCGAUGAGUGCGCAGAUCUGAUGUCGAAGUUGGAUCUCGCUAUUGAGUCCGACGGACCUCCCGUACAUCUUGAAUCAGGUCUUCGCCUCAUUCACUCGUUGAGGUCGCGCAUGACCAUGUCGAGAGAAGCGCGGUAUAGCAACCCCGGACCGGGGCGCUCUGCACGGCAACGACGCUCGCCCGUUGUGCGUCUUGAAGACGCUGAUCGUGCGACAGUGGACCUCCUGUUCUGGGUCGGUGUCAUGUUCGACACGCUAUCAGCAGCCAUGCACAAACGACCACUGGUGGUAUCAGAUGAAGAUAGCGAUGUAGUCAUGAGCGAAAGCAUGCAGAUUGAGCACUCGGCCCAACAAGCGGCAACACCUUCCUCGACAGACGACGGACUGUGGGACGACUACUUGUUUUCUCGACAACAGCAGAAUCCAGAACAUGCGCCCACAAGAUGGCCAUGCUCAUUCGAUGAAGCCGCAGCUGCGUUGUGUGACGCAGCCCCAGUCAAGGUGUUGCUGUUCAGACGAGUCUGUCGGAUCCAGACGCUUCUCACAAGAAACGCACGAGGCGCGAAGGUCGAAGAGGCUGUCAGUGCCGCAAUGGACGUGUGUAACCACUGGGAUGCGCUGUAUGCGCCCUUCGUCCGAGACUGCAUACAGAACCACGACCGCCUUCCACCGCGCGUCCAAUCAUGGUACGUAUGCGUCACCGGACACUGGCACCUUGCGACUCUCCUUCUUGCGGACUUGAUGGAAGUGGUAGACGAAUCAGAGCUUGGACUUGAGGAAGCGACACAUCAACGAAACAUCAGUGCCUUCAUCGCAAAAUUCCGCGAGAACCAAUGCCGGGUCCUGUCAGACCUAGCGAGCUGUGCAUGCCCGCGAGAAGACGCAUCAUUCGCACAGUCCGAGUUCCAUUUCGCAGUCAACGAAGGCGCACUGCUGACGGAGCCAUGGACUGUAGUGUUGAUUCGCGCGUUCGCCAAGGCAGGCGUACUGUUGCUUGAGUCAGAUACUCUGCUGCCGUCAGACCUGGAUCGAGAGGAUGCUUUUCAACGCGCGGAUGCUUGUAUUAAGGCGUUAUGGUUUUUGGGUCGAAAAUCGGAUAUGGCCCUUUCGGCGGCGAAUAUCUUGGGAGAGGCGUUGAAGCUGCGACGCAAAAGUGCGCAAGAUCGGGUUAGCGACAUGAGCGUCUUUUUGGAGAGUGAGCUGUGGCAUGAUUUGGAAGGGGCGUUCGAGGUGGACUGUGAACUAUAA